CAGAACAUCAUACAACAUCUGUAGCUCAGGACAAUGAAUGUGUCCAACAACUGCAGCACCACAAAUCUAGAACUGCAUCGCCACAUUCGCCUCAUUGAGUUUGCUCUCUAUAGCCUCAUUUUCUUUUUUGGAGCACUAUUUAAUGUCCUUGCCUUCUGGGUAUUCUCUUGCAAGAUGAAGAAGUGGACAGAAACCAGGGUGUAUGUAAUGAAUUUAGUCUUUGCAGAUUUCUCUGUCAUCUGCACCUUGCCUUCCAUGGUUUAUCUGCUCUGGAAGAAGUCAGCCCGAGGGGAGCUCUGCCAGUUUACAGAGAUAAUGUAUUUUAUCAACAUGUUAGUGAGCAUCUACAUCAUUUCAUUCAUCUCCAUCGAUCGAUACAUUGCCAUAAAGCACCCUUUGAAAGCCAGGACCUUCAGGUCCCCGUCAAAGGCUGCCCUCCUCUGUGGUCUUCUGUGGGUUUUGGUGAUAAUCGGUGCCACCAUCCAGCUCUGGCAGAAACACGAAGCUCUCUGCUUCCAGACCUACGCCCCCACACCUGCUGCUCUCAGCCUGCUGGCCAUUUUCUUCGUUUUCACUCUCCCAUUAGCAAUCUUGACCUUCUGCUCCACAGAAGUCAUCAGGAACCUGAAGAAACAUCUGAACAUGAACUCACCGGAGGAGAAAUCAAUCCAGAAAGCUGUACACAUCGUUUAUGCAAAUCUGAUUGUAUUUCUGAUAUGUUUUCUGCCAGCCUACCUUGGGCUAUUCGCCAGGUUCAUCAUGGAGAAUGUUGGAGCUACCUGUUUCCAGCUCUGUGUCAUGGAGAACUUCUCCUCCAUGAUGAGGUGCAUCGCCACAUCCAACUGCUGCCUCGAUAGUGUCUGCUACUACUUUGUCACCAGGGAGUUCCAUGAAGCCUUUCUACAGCCCAAAGCCAGCACUCAGAAAACAGAUGCAACCCACCCCUUGCAGAUACAGCCUUGCUAAAGGGAAAAGGGAAACAAAACCCACCCCCGACAUCUGCAACAUAAAGAGGAAAUACAGCUUCAGGGCUACUGGGAUAAGUAUUGCUCUUUUGCUCUAGCAAGUUCUUUAUUAGGUUUAGAAAUGGAUAAUCUAUGUUUCUAUUAAACAAAUAGGUCACAGAGAUGUGUAAAAGCGUGUAUGUAACCACUUGUUGUUAAUGUGCCUCCAUUCCACCCUCCAGCACCUACUUGUUACUCAUACAGGAAGACAGGUGACCUCUUUCAGUUCCUUCUGCAGCUAAAGUCCUUCUU